UGAUUCCUUAAAGUGCCAAUCGGUUAACUGGAUGUUUAUUUUGAAGUCAAACAUACUGAUCUUCAGAUAUAUGGAAUCUACCUGGAAUUUAUUGUUCUAUAUAAUUAUUAAAAAUUAACUUUUAUUCUGUACAAACUAGUCGUAGGGAGAGAAUUGAAUCUAUGUUCAGACCAUUAGAUGAACAAAUUGACAAUAGACAAAUUUCGCAUCAAAGGAAUCCGAGCUUAUUAUGAUGAUACAACAGGCACAGAAGUCGAGGAGACUGAUUCUAUGCUUUACUACAAAACUCAAACAUUUUAUUGUAAGGUUGAAAUAGAAAUACCCACAUGUACAUCUGAUCGUGAUUGGACUAUCGGUCUAGUUCAAGCAUGUGACUACAUGUAUUUAGCUAAUGAUUAUGACGGAGUUGGCAAAUCACUAUGGGAAUUUCAUCCAUUAAAAAGUGGUCUGAGAAGAUUAAUAAAUGAUAGUGAUGGACGACAAUAUCCAUUUUACAGCGUUAAUCAAAGUUUGUAUAAUAUUAAAAAAGGUCCUGUGAGAAAAUUAACACUAAAUUUGCACGUAAAGGAUUAUUUUCAUCCAUCUGUCGUCUGGGAACUACCUUUUUCUGGUGGUGUACGCUUAACUGAAAUUAACAGACAACAGAAAUUUUUAAUUUGGUUAGUAGCUAUCAAAUAUGGUAAAAAGUUUUCAUGUAAAGAUGAAAUUACUGUACUGAAAAAGAUACGGUGGGAGUAUGAUUUACACAUGAAAGUUGAUCCUUUUAUGCCAUUAGGUAGUCGAGUACGAAAAAUUUAUGAUGUACAGGAUAGUGGAGUUAUUAUGAUGGAUCCAGAUAAAUCAUAUAAAUUGCCAAUUGCUGCAACAUUCCCACCACAUUGUAAUGCUGCACAAUCAUUGAUAUGGUAUCCGAAAGAUCCACAUAAACCAGCACGUAUACUCGUUCCACCUAAACAGAUAAUUGUCCCAUGGGAAGAAUGGGUUCAUGAUAUGCUAGGUCCAAAUAUCAGAGUUCGUAAACCUAAUGAAGUUUCUGAGAUUGGUGAUAGUGUAAUUUGUGCUUAAUACUUUUAAAUAAUUAAUUUGUAAACAAAUUACCAAUAAAAAGUAGUGGAGAAAGUAAUGAUAUCUACAAGGAAAGUAUCAAUAAUUAAUAUACUUUAUGCAUAUCUGCAUGAAAUUUUGUAAUUACAUUUGAGUUAUCCCUAUUAUUACCAUUGCUAAUAUUAACUAUUGAAACAGGAUUAAAAAUAUCACAAUGAAAUAUUCGCUUAAAGCACUAGAGUGAUGCACGACUUUCCAGUGUUUACACAAUUGUUAGCAAGUUAAAAUCAAAUCGACAGGGGAAUAGAAAGAGAAAAGGGGAGGAUUUUACAAAUACAUUAAGACUUAUUAUGGACAAGGAGUUACAGAAUAACCAAGGGAUUUCUUCUACUGCAUAAUCUAUGGGACGCUUUAAUAAUAAUA